UUCCAACUUUAGGAAAUGGCUUGGCUCACAAUCAGUACUGAAUUCCUGUAAGCACGUGUUUACUCUUUAUCAAUCAUUCACUGUAUUGAUCCUGAUUGCGUUAGCCUUCUGUCCUGGACACACAGAUAUUUUCAUAUGCCCAUUUUCAUAGGCUUUUCAGUCAGAAGUUAUUUGCAUGAUGCGAUUAUGUAUUUGUUUCAACCGGAGUGUAUGGAUCCUUUUAUGUUUUCUCUAUGUUUUCAACACUGAAUGGACCCCGGAUACCAGGGGUUCAUUUAGAAGAGCCAGAGAUGCAAGCAUACCUGUGUCUGUCAACUGCAAGCUGGGCAGAUGGUCAUCUUGGAGCCCUUGUAAUGCUUGUACUGACAAAACUUUUCGUGCUAGACGCAUGGAGAAGCCCUCACAGUUUGGGGGCACUAAAUGCCAUGAGACUCUGUGGGAAAAACAAAGAUGUCCUGAUGCAUAUGAGGCAUGUAUGGUGAUAGAUUACUGUGGAGACAAAUUUACAUGCAACAGCACAGGCCGUUGUAUCAGUCAGUCUCUGCGCUGUAAUGAUGAGAAGGACUGUGGCGAUGAUUCUGAUGAACAUCAUUGUACGGAAACCCAUCCAAGAGAGGAUUAUUGCUCUUCUCUGCUGUCUAUCCCUGGAGCAAAGCAUGGCAUUCAAGGCUAUAACAUCUUAACAGGACAAUUUGUAGACCCUGUACUUGAACCACACUAUUUUGGUGAAUCAUGUGAAUAUGUCUACAAUGGAGAAUGGAACAAAUUCACAUAUGAUGCCUUAUGUGAGAAGCUGAGCUACAAUUCAGCAGAGAAAAACUUCAGGAAACCUUACAACUAUCACACUUACCAAUUUGUGGCGGAGGCUACGUCUGAAGGAACUGAUGAGUACUACGAGGAUGUGGCGAGUUUACUGAGAGCAAGAAAAACAGAAAAUUCUGCACAUUUUGGUGUCUCUGUGGGCGUCAUGUAUGUGGAAGUGGGUCUGUCUGCUAGUGUGGAGACUCAGUUUGUCAAGAACAUUUCACAGUAUAAACAACAGGAGCUUGGAUUUGUUCGUCUUUUCUCCAAAAUACAAACCGCUCUCUUCAAAAUGAGGAGCAGCAACUUGAUGCUUCACGAGGACAUGUUACUGGACCUGAUGGCUCUGCCCGAGGUGUAUGAUUAUGGGAGGUACUCUCAGUUCAUUAAUACUUACGGAACCCACUUCGUCACCGAGGGAACUAUGGGAGGAACACUUGAGAGUGUCGUGGUCAUCAACAAAACCAACACUGAAAAAUCAAUCCUAAACAGCCAUUUGCUCGGAGGUUGUCUUGGUGCUUCCAUUGGUCUAGCUGCUCCCUUAAAAGGAGCUGGAGAACUAGGCCUCAAAGUGGAAGGUCAAGAAUGUCGUAAAAGGGGAGGAGGUGAAAGAAGAACCGAGGCAUAUUCAGUAGACAUUAAGGACACACUUUCUCUUGUGAAUGGGGGUGUCACGGUGUCGGCUGGUGGUGUUAUGGUCAUUAAGGAUUCUGACACAUACAGAAAGUGGGGGGCAACACUCAAAUACCAUCCAGUUCUUAUAGACUAUGAGGUCAUGCCCAUUUUUGAGCUGGUGCGUCGCAGUACCUCGGUUGACCAUGUGGGGCAACGGUUGGCCAACCUUGAGAGGGGGUUUGAUGAGUACCUGCAGGAGUUUAACCCCUGUCGCUGUGCCCCGUGCCUACACAGAGGGUUCCCCAUCCUGUAUGGAACAUCCUGCACAUGUGAAUGUAGAGCGGGCUACGAAGGAGAGGCCUGCGAAAAAACGAAUCGACCAGACAGAAGAACUGAUGGGGCUUGGUCCUGCUGGGGUCCAUGGACAGCUUGUACAUUGAGCCGAAAAACACGGUCCAGAACCUGCAACAACCCUCCCCCAAGUCAAGGCGGAGCCACUUGUCUGGGCUCCUCUUCUCAGAGUCGAAUGUGUUAAAGAACACUGUGAGCUGUUAAGUUUACUUGAAUAAAGUUAGUAUGCCUUCUGCUGCUCUACAGAUA